AUGGAAAUUAGUCAAAGAGCUUCAUACUCCAUCUACGAAAAAAAGAAGAAAAAGAUGGAGCAUGAUAACGAUGCAUUUGUGAAUCAUGAAAUUAAACACAAGCAUCAUUACACACAUGACGAUAACACUCAACACAACAGCACCAUUUUUGAAGACGGAAACGAUCAACAAAACUCAAUCUUCCGGUAUGGAGUCGAUCAUGAAGGAGAAGAGUCCGAAGAAAAAUAUAGCACCAAUUCUAACUCACUAGAUACAUAUCCUUCCAAUGGCAUUCUGUAUUCUCCAUUAAAACAACCAAGUGAAUUCCAUGGAGACGUACUCAAUCUGGCUACACCACCCACUCAAGGAUCUCUCCGUAAAAAGGCCAAGUACAGAGAACUCAUGUCACAGGACUUUGGCCCUCCACCAAAAUUGAAGAUGUUUACAGGAAACGAUUCGAAGAAAACACAGUCCAACAUUCAAUCCUUUGAUGACAUGGAGCGACCUAGCUCUUUACAUCACCACCACGAAGAAGACGCAGAAUUAAUGGAUAUUUUAAACGAGAAGGAUGAUCUUGAAAAAUUAUAUGAAUCAAGCAUCCAAGAAACGAUAGAAUAUUAUGCAGAAAUGGGAGAUAUUCAAACAUGUGUGGCUCUAAUUGAAGUUCUCGACAAGAAACAUGAAAUGAGUGGAGAACGAGAAGCUCAAUGGUAUUUGAGUUACAUUGAGCUAUUGAAUCGACACAAACUUUUCACAUGCUCGAAUGAGCUUAUUAAUGGAUGUUCUAACUAUGAUGUGCAUAACUUGAACAAACAAUCAACCUCUAUAAGGACAAGCUGUGCUAAAUGUGAUAGCGUUUUACAAAACACAGACACCAUGUGUAAGAAAUGCAAUAGCAGGACCAACAUUUGUGCCAUUUGCCAUUUACCUGUGGAUGGACUGUUCUUCUGGUGUCAGCGAUGCGGCAGUGGUGGUCACCUUCAUCACAUGACUCAAUGGUUCGACAAGUACAAGCAUUGUCCGGUUUGUUUAACUCAUGUAAGCAAACUUCAAACCCUUACUUAA